AUGACUGCCAAUAUAAUUGAUAUUGCACCUACUGCGACUCUUACCAUCAAUAUGGAAUUGAACACCAACCCCAAGUCGAAAGCAAAGAAACCAACGAGUCAACGGGCCGUGCAGAGAGCGGACGGAGUUGUGGUCGAACGUCCACAGUACAAGCCCAGCGAUGCACCAGAUCCAAGAACAAGCUUUGCAUGCAAGAAAAACAUGUUCUUUGUGAAGGAAUUGACCUACUUUAUAUCGGGUCAUUCCUAG